GGGGCUCCCCCGGCCGGGCGGAGGCGGGCUGAGGCGCUGCAAAGUUUGCCGAGUGGCUGGCGGCGCUGUGUGCCCCCCACUCCCCGCGUCUUCCCUUCAUAUUUUUUCUCCUUCCUUCUACCCUCACUGCCUUCCCUCCCUCGGCGGUGGCUCCGGGGCAUGCACCCGCGCUGAGAGGCUGUGUCAGCCGGGCUGCUCGACGGACGGGAGCAGCGCGGGCAGCGGCUCCGAGCCCGCCAUGCCCCGCCGGCACCGCGCCGCGCCCGCCGCCCUCUUCCUCCUCCUCCUCUUCCUCGUCCUCCUCCUGCUGCCGGUGCUGGGGGGCAGCCCCGCCGCCCGUUGCCCCGUGCCCUGCCGCUGCGCCGGGCACCUCGUCGCCUGCAGCCGCCUGGAGCUGAGCCGAAUGCCCGAGCGGCUGCCGCGGGGGGCGGUGCAGCUGGACUUAAGUCACAACAAAUUAUCUUCAAUCAAGACCAGUUUCUUGGAUCACCUCCAUAGUCUUCGGGAAGUGAAGUUGAACAACAAUGAACUGGAGAUGAUUCCAAAUUUGGGGCCAGUAUCUGCAAAUAUAACUCUUCUGUCUUUGACCAGUAACAAGAUUGCCAACAUUUUGUCUGAACAUCUGAAGCCAUUUCAGAGUCUAGAAACUUUGGAUUUGAGCAACAACAACAUAUCAGAGCUAAAGAUAUCUUCAUUUCCUUCUUUACAGCUCAAGUAUCUGUACAUUAACAGUAACCGAAUAACCUCCUUGGAGCCUGGUACCUUUGACAAUUUGUCUACCACACUUCAAGUAUUGAAACUGAACAGGAACAAAAUUUCAGCAAUCCCUCAAAAGAUGUUUAAACUCUCCCAUCUGGAGCACCUGGAGCUGAAUCGCAACAAAAUUAAAAAAAUAGAUGGACUUACUUUCCAAGGACUUCCAGCUUUGAAGUCAUUAAAACUACAGAGAAAUGGUGUUACUAGGCUCAUGGAUGGUGCUUUCUGGGGAUUAACCAGCAUGGAAGUCUUGCAGCUGGACCAUAACAACUUAACAGAGGUAACCAAAGGCUGGCUUUACGGCUUGCUGAUGCUGCAGCAGCUCCAUCUCAGCCAAAAUGCCAUCAGCAGGAUCAGUCCUGAUGCCUGGGAAUUUUGCCAAAAACUCAGUGAGCUAGAUUUGACGUUCAAUCACUUAGCAAGGUUAGAUGAUUCAAGCUUUGUUGGCUUAAGCGUGCUGGUUGGACUAUAUAUUGGAAACAACAAAGUAAACUACAUUGCUGAUUGUGCCUUCCGGGGACUUUCCAGUCUACAGACUUUGGAUCUGAAAAACAAUGAAAUAUCAUGGACCAUUGAAGAUAUGAAUGGUGCCUUCUCUGGUCUGGAUAAACUUACGAAGCUGAUACUGCAAGGAAACAGGAUUAGAUCCAUUACAAAGAAAGCAUUUUCUGGCUUGGAUGCACUUGAACACCUAGAUCUAAGUAACAAUGCAAUUAUGUCAGUUCAAGGAAAUGCAUUCUCACAAAUGAAGAAACUCAAAGAAUUGCACUUAAACACAUCGAGUCUCUUGUGUGACUGCCAGUUAAAAUGGCUACCACAGUGGUUAUCAGAGAACAACUUUCAGAGCUUUGUAAAUGCCAGUUGUGCCCAUCCUCAGCUGCUAAAAGGGAGAAGUAUUUUUGCUGUCAGCCUUGAUGGAUUUGUCUGUGAUGAUUUUCCUAAGCCGCAGAUAACUGUCCAGCCAGAAACCCAGUCAGCAAUUAAAGGCUCCAAUUUGAGUUUUGUAUGUUCAGCAGCCAGCAGUAGUGAUUCCCCAAUGACUUUUGCAUGGAAGAAAGACAAUGAAUUACUGCAUGAUGCUGAAAUAGAGAAUUAUGCACACCUGCGGGCACAGGGUGGUGAAGUGAUGGAGUAUACUACCAUACUUCGGCUACGCAACGUUGAAUUCAGCAAUGAAGGGAAAUACCAGUGUGUUAUUUCAAAUCACUUUGGUUCAUCCUACUCUGUUAAAGCCAAACUUACAGUAAACAUGCUGCCUUCGUUUACGAAGAUUCCCAUGGACUUAACUAUUCGUGCUGGGGCAAUGGCACGUUUGGAAUGUGCUGCAGUUGGGCAUCCUGUCCCCCAGAUUGCUUGGCAGAAAGAUGGUGGAACAGAUUUUCCUGCAGCACGCAAGAGACGUAUGCAUGUCAUGCCUGAAGAUGACGUAUUCUUUAUUGUUGAUGUGAAAAUCGAGGACACAGGCGUUUAUAGCUGUACAGCUCAAAACACUGCUGGAAGCAUUUCAGCUAAUGCAACGUUAACAGUACUAGAAACACCAUCGUUUUUGCGGCCUUUGCUGGAUCGAACUGUAACAAAAGGUGAAACUGCAGUCUUGCAGUGUAUUGCUGGUGGUAGCCCUCCACCCCGACUGAACUGGACUAAGGAUGACAGCCCUCUCGUGGUAACAGAAAGACAUUUCUUUGCUGCAAGCAAUCAGUUACUGAUUAUUGUAGAUACAGAUGUAGAAGAUGCUGGGAAGUACACUUGUGAAAUGUCUAAUACACUUGGAACAGAACGAGGCAACAUUCGUCUUAACGUAAUUCCUACUCCCACCUGUGAUUCUCCUCAAAACAUUGCUCCAUCACUUGAUGAUGAUGGAUGGGCCACGGUUGGCAUUGUGAUCAUAGCUGUGGUUUGCUGCGUGGUGGGCACUUCCUUGGUGUGGGUGGUCAUCAUCUACCACACCAGAAGGAGAAAUGAAGAUUGCAGCAUCACAAAUACAGAUGAAACAAAUUUGCCUGCUGACAUUCCAAGUUACCUGUCAUCCCAGGGCACGCUGGCUGAAAGGCAGGAUGGAUAUGGUUCAUCUGAAAAUGGCAGUCAUCAUCAGUUUCUCACCUCUUCUGUGGGAGGGUAUUUCUUACAGCAGAGGGACAGUAAUGGUAUUUGCCACCUAGAUAAUGGCAGUGAAACAGACAUGGAGGGUGUUGCAGAUCCAUUCCUUUGCCACUAUCUGGGGACUUCAGGGACUUUGUAUUUAAAAGGAAACACAUGUGAUUCUGAGGCCUUUGAAGCCUGCAGCACAAGUUGCAGCCCUGACCAAAGAACAGUAAGCCUGGACCCAUAUGAGUCUGGAUAUUUAAAGAAAAAGGAAUGUUAUCAAUACUCGCCUCCACUGGAAGAUCCCUUUGACCAAUGUGUAGGCAUUGUUGGAAUGCAGGCUACAAAUAGCAAAUUGAUUACCUCCAUUUAUACUCAAAAUGAAGGAACUGGACUAAAAAGCAGAAGUCUUAACUCAGACAAAUUUGAUUUAAACAGAAGUUUGGAACCCUCAUCUAUUAUCAGUAACAGCACUUUCAUGGGAACAUUUGGAAAGCCUUUAUGGAGGCCUCAGCUGGACUCUCUUUCAAGUCGUAGACAGCCAGCAAGUUGCCAACCAAAAACCUCCCAUAAUAAUCCUCAUGCCUCAUUGGACUUUGAUUCAGAGGCAGAUGAAGAUGGAAAGGAAAGGACAGUUUCUAGAGGAGAAGAUAACAUUUAUACUUACAAACAGUGCUUUGAAAACUUCAGGACUUCUACUUUUCAAUCCUGUGAUUUGGAUACAUAGCUCCUUUCGGACCUGCAAUUGAUUUCUGGAACCAAAGAAAUACUUUGACAUACUACUACCUCAGUGUGGAAUUUUAUUUAAAAAGGGAAUAAGGAAAGGAAGAAGGGAAGAAAGAAACCACAUGAUGCUAUGAACUCAGAACAAAUAAAUGCAUUUUUAUUCAAAUAAAACAAAAUUGCCAAAAUGCUCUAAGUUUUUAUACAGGGAAAGCAUUCCUUAUAAAAAAUACUAUAUUUCUAAUUAUUUUAUAGCUUUGUUUUAUGCAAAUAAUAUCUUGUAAAUUAAUGGUGUAAAUAAUACAGCAUAUGUAUUUCUAUGUCAGACUUCAUUUUAUUGAAAUGAGUAGUAAGCAUUCUAAUUUUGUACUGUUACUUGUACCUUUUUUAUAAAUGGAAACUCCAUGCUGUUUGCAGGUAUCAUGCAUCUUAUUUGCACAUUACUUUUAAUAAACUAUGCUGCCAUGUGGUCUCUGACCAUACAUUACUGUAUGAAGAAUGAGAAGUGUGAAUUGUGUUUGUAGAUAGAGAAAAGGAGUAUUGCAUCUGUAGGUACCUUCUGUUGCAUAUUUUCACCUUGAUUUGCCUGAAACUUG